UUGUCUGGUUGAACCAAAAUUGAUUUGGUUGGUUGGGUAUGUUUUUAUGGCUCAUGUUUUUUAUUCAUGUAAACAUGCAUUAAAAUAGGUAUAAUUUGCAGUGUAGACGCUCCUUAGCCGGUUCUGUGCAAUGACAGGUUUUGACAAGCACACAAAUCGCUCGAAGAGGAAAGAGCGGCAUUUUUCGAUUCUGUUUAACGAAGCAACAACAUACAAUUUUAUCUGCAUUGUACCAAAACAAAUAUUUCGUUCUACUAUCGUGUUCUUCCUUCGUAUACAAACGUAUUUCAUCGGUCACCAACAGAGUGUUUUUCAUUUAACAUAAAAUGGAGCAAACCGCUUCGGAAAUGCUCAACAACUCCAAUGAUGCGUUACAACGCAGAAGACAAUAUCAUGAACUUUUGGAUCUCGGGCACGAUCUUGCACUUCGUACACAAACGGAAGAUGCGAUCAGUAUAUUUGAAGGUGUUUCAACGAUCCUGAAACAUACAGAUAGCCUGCAUCAGGGCAUAACAAACCAACGUUUGGAAAAUGCGUCUGAAAUGAGUAUCAAUGUACAAAUAGUAAAAAUGGGUCACGAUUUAGUAGGAGCGGCAUUGCAGAAAAGCGAAAGUUCCCAGUUCUGCGAUGAAGAACUAACGUCGGCAAUAAACUCAAUCAUUGGCGAUUCCGGUGGUCAUUUGCAGUGGCAAACUAUAGGAAGUCAUGGCAUUAAGGCCUUCCGUAUGUCGAAACAUUCUCCUUGUAUGCUGGGCCAUUUUGAAUUUCAACCCGUUCCGAUAGAAAAGAACGUAAAGGAACGUCGUCGUCGCCAACGCCAAGAGUUGGGCGUUGCACGCAAGCCGGAAACAGUUACCACAUUACAUCAAGAAGAAGCAGAUGCCCGAAAGCUCCAAGGCAUCAUGGAACAACUCAAGCAGAUAUACCAGGAAAUGGGUUCGCCGGUACCAUAUCUUCAGCUCAUUACGGAUCCAACUGAUUAUAUGAAUACCAUCGAUACAGCUUUUCAGCUGUCUUUCCUGAUUCGCGACGGAGCUGUCGCUUUGGAAACCGUUAACAACGUGGUGAGCGUGCGACCUACCACUGACAGCGAAAAGAAACAAAACAAGAGAAAUGACGACAACGUGCAGGCCAUAUUAUCUUUGAACAUUUCCAAAUGGAAGGGUGCUGUACAGCAAUAUCGCUUAACAAGGCCGAUCCUUACCAUCGAUCGAGACCUAGUGGAUGGAUCCUAGACUUAACGGUACGGUACUUUUUUUCAAAAGCAUUCAAAACACCGUCUCACCACGUAAGAGAAUUACCUAGAACUAUUUGAUGUUAUAAUACAUCAUAGUCUUUCGUCUGAAAACAGCGAUUAUUGUUAAAGUCAAAUUGAAAUAUCACAAUUUUCGUUUCACUAGUAACGCCAAAUAUUUUAUUAUAAUGUUAAUGGAAUGUAAUGGCAAUCAAAAUUUCUUAUUAUUCAAUAUCCAUAAAUCGUCACAAGCAACGUUUGGUGUACGAAACCCAUCACGAUAAUUCGCCAAAUAGCUGGAGACAUUUCCUUUCAUUAGAGUUACAAUUUUAUUUCCUAUAAUUAGUUAUGAAAAAACAGUACGAGAGUUGCAAAUUGCACCGCCAAUGGACGGAACUAGUAAUAAUUACCGUGGUGUAACUACGACUCGUUUAAAUAUGCGCUUCAAAUAUAUUAAAUAUCCCGUUUCUUGCUUCCUCCUGCUAAA